AUGACUUCAUCAAAGCAGCGUUCGUGGCUAAUGGUGCUGCCUUGUGAGUUAGUAGAAGAGAUACUAUACCGGAUUCCGAUCAAAUCAGUGUGCAGAUUCAAAUCCGUAUGCAAACAAUGGUACGCUUUCUUCAACGACAAGGGAUUCACCUACAAACACUUGGAUCUCUCCGACGAAGGAAUUAUAGGAAUGGAUCAAAAGUCCUUUCAGCUCUUCAACGUGGAGCCGAAAGCUCGGUUAUCUCUACCAACCCCAGACGAGUUACACAAUUAUAUUAUUGAAGAAACGAUUCACUGCGACGGAUUAUUGCUAUGUAAGUGUAUUGGGAAACGGUCCAAUGGUUAUACACCUCGUUAUAUAUAUGGUGAGACAACUAAAACUAAAAAGCUCGCAGUAUGGAACCCGGUUUUGAGCCAAGUCAUAUGGAUCGAACCUUCGACUUCAAGUCCUUACAAAACUGGUGAAUUCUACGGUUUUGGAUACGACAAUGUAUCCCGUGACAACUACAAGAUCUUGAGGAUCCAUAUUAAGCCUGAUGGUUAUAAAGGCAAAUCAUCCCCAGAGAUAUAUGAGUUUAAGUCUAAGCUCUGGAGAAGUGUUAACGCUGAUCUCGACUGGUAUUCACUUGGGGGAGCUGUGUCUAUGAAUGGAGACGUGUAUUGGAUUGCUGAAAAGAAGAUGGAUACCUACAAAAUCGAACUGCUCAUCCAGAGUUUUGAUUUAUCCACAGAAACAUUCAAGCCAAUAUGUUGUGUUCCAGAUGGAGUUGCUAAUUCUCGUUUGAGUAAUAGGAUUAUGACAGCCAUGUCAGGUUACGGAGGAGAUGGGAUUACGAUAGCCUUGUCAGGUUACGGAGGAGAUAGGCUUUCUUUGUUACGACGACAUGAACAUUUGAAUUUUGAAGUGUGGGUAACAAGCAAGUUGACUGAUGAUGGGGUUGUCUCGUGGAGCAAGUACUUUAACCUAACUCCUAAUCCCCUGAUAUUAAUCUCCAAAUUUCGAACAAACUUCAUCCUCAAGACCAGGAAGAGUGCGAUCAUGUUAUGGUGCGAGGAAAGGCGUCUCAAGAAGAAAGAUAUUUACACCACUGUCUAUGAAUUGGGUGGUGAGGGUGAGAUCAAAAAACAAGUUGAGUUUACAAGACCAGGUUGUGAUAGUUCUUGCGAUGAGUAUGUUCCAACAUGGGGUUAUGAUAGUUCUUGUGAUGGGUAUGUUCCAGCAUUUUUGACAAAACAAAUAAUUGUUCCAACAUGGGGUGAUGAUAGAUCUUGCAAUGUGUUUGUUCCAAGUCUAGUUCCUCUUCCACAAUAA